AACCCAUCAGAUUCAUUUAACUGACAAUUCGACGGAGUGUGAGUGAUCGGGAGCUGGCAAACGACAAGCCGUUUCUAGACAAAGAUAGAGAGAUCCGGGCAUCGGGUUUGCGAAUAUGGAGAAUCCUCAACCUGGAUCAGACCGAGACAAGUAUACCUCCUCCACUUCUCCCAUCUCCGCCGUCACCAAUUUCUGGAAAGAGUUCGAUUUGGAGAAAGAAAGAUAUGUGUUGGAUGAGCAAGGCGUUAAAAUCGCUGACAAUCAGGAAAAUAGCCAGAAAAACAGGCGGAAGCUUGCGGAAAGCACUAAAGAGUUUAAGAAAGCUUCACCAGAUGACAAGUUUAGUUUGUUUAGCCCUUUACUCAAGGGUUUCCAAGAAGAAGUUGACAAUCUCACUAAAAGAGCAAAGUUUGCAGAGAAUGCAUUUCUUAACAUCUAUCAAAAAAUUUAUGAGGCUCCAGAUCCAUAUCUGUCUCUUGCUUCAAUUUUGGAGCAAGAUAUGAAGUUGUCCGAAUUAGAAUUGGAGAACAGGAAAAUGAAAGUUGAGCUUGAAGAAUUCAGGACCGAAGCAACUCAUUUGAAGAAUCAGCAGGCAACAAUAAGAAGACUUGAGGAGCGUAACCGCCAGUUAGAACAGCAGAUGGAAGAAAAAGUGAAGGAGAUUGUGGAGAUUAAGCAAAGAAGCUUGGCAGAGGAGAACCAAAAAACACUUGAGGUCCUGAAAGAUAGAGAGCAGUUGUUGCAAGAUCAAUUACGACAAGCUAAAGAGAGUGUUUCCAAUAUGCAGAAGUUGCAUGAACUUGCACAAAGCCAAAUGUUUGAGCUUCGUGCUCAAUCAGAUGAAGAUAGGGCAGCAAAGCAAUCGGAGGUCAAUCUUCUAAUGGAUGAAGUUGAACGGGCACAGACUCGGCUUCUUAGUCUUGAGAGGGAAAAGGGAAUUCUACGGACCCAGUUGCAGUCAGCAAAUGAAGACACUGAUAAAAAAAGUGAUGAUAUAGAUUCAAAUACCAUCCUUGAGAAUUCAUUGAUAGCAAAAGAGAAAAUCAUUUCUGAGCUCAACAUGGAACUUCACAAUAUUGAAACUACCUUGUCAAAUGAGCGAGAAGAACACAUUAAUGAUAUCAAAAGAUUGAAUUCCCUGCUUCAUGAAAAGGAAGUAGCCCUUGAGGAGAUGAAGAAAGAGAUUCAGGCAAGGCCAACAGAAAAAUUGGUUGAUGAUUUACGUAAAAAAGUGAAGAUUUUGCAGGCAGUGGGUUAUAAUUCAAUUGAGGCAGAAGAUUGGGAAGUUGCUACUAGCGGAGAAGAAAUGAGCAAAAUGGAGUCUCUUCUUCUUGAUAAAAACAGGAAAAUGGAACAUGAAAUUACACAGAUGAAGAUCAAAUUUUCAGAGAAAACAUCAUUGUUGGAAACAGCUGAAGGCACGAUAGCUGAACUGACUGCGAAGGUUAACGAACAACAGAAGUUAAUACAGAAAUUGGAGGAUGAUAUAUUGAAGGGUUAUAAUUCCAAAGAUCAAAGAAGUAAUCUAUUUGAUGAUUGGGAUCUUUCAGAGGCUAGGAGCACUGAAUUAUCUGAGAGCACAGAUCAAAAACAUGUUUCCUCAGAUCAAGAUCAAAGCUCAAUGCUCAAGGUGAUCUGUAAUCAACGAGAUCGAUUUAGGGCCCGCUUGCGUGAGACAGAGGAGGAAACAAGACAGCUGAAGGAGAAGAUAGGACAGCUCACAGCGGAGCUGGAAAGGUCUAAAGCUGAUAAUGUCAAACUUUAUGGAAAGAUUCGUUAUGUUCAGGAUUACAAUCUCGAGAAAGUAGUUUCUAGAGGAUCAAAGAAGCAUGUGGAGGAUCUUGAAAGUGGAUUCAGUUCAGAUGUUGAAUUGAAGUACAAGAAAAUAUAUGAAGAUGACAUAAAUCCUUUUGCAGCUUUCUCUAAAAAGGAAAGGGAUCAAAGGUACAAGGAGUUGGGUAUCAGGGAUCGAAUCACACUUAGCAGUGGUCGUUUUCUUCUUGGCAACAAGUAUGCUCGAACGUUUGCAUUUUUCUACACCAUUGGUUUGCAUAUACUAGUUUUCACCUGCCUCUACAGAAUGUCAGCUCUGAGCUACCUAAGUAAUGGUGCAGAGGAGGCCGGUGAUAAACCCCUGACCCAGAAUCUCCCACAUGCUCUCUAAGAUGAAUGGAUGAAACAUUAAAUAUUCUGUACAAUGUACAUAAGAGAAGAGCUCUUUUUCUGGGCUUUUUGCCAGAUUCAACUCUGUAAUGCAUAUAGUAUUACUUUGAAUAGGGCUGGCAAUUCGUGUUAUCGUGCCAAUCCAUUUAAAAUCGUGUUCAUGUCGUGUUACUUGUUUAUGACCCAUUUAAUGAAAAUUGUCAUUCUGAUCGGUA